AUGCAGCACUCACUCCCCGUUCCCGGGUCCACCCUGUCGCACUGGCAUCAAACGACGCGAUCUUGGCCACACCUGAACGCCAACCAAGACAGUCCCGUCCCAUCUUCCACCAGAUACUUGAUUGUUGGUGCCGGUAUCUCAGGCGCUCUCACGGCCUGGGAGCUUGUCAAUCAUGGUGUUGACGGCAAAGACAUUCUCAUUGUCGAGGCGAGAGAAGCAGUAUCUGGCGCCACGGGUAGGAAUGCUGGCCACAUCCGUCCUGACGCAUUUCGAGGCUUUCUUGGCCUGGCGGCCGCCCACGGCUCGGAACAAGCGCGAAAGGUACUCGAAGAUGAGAAAGCUGUGCUAGCCAAAGCCAAGGAAUUCGUCGAGUCCAAUAAUAUCGACUGCAACUUCCGGUACACUACCACUCUGGAGGUCUGCCUCGAGUCCGAAUACGCUGUUGAAUUGGCCGAGUCCCUCGAGGCAUUUCGCGCUGCGGGUGGCGACACAUCCCAUGUCAGACUCCACGAAGGCAGUGCGGCCCAGGACAAAAGCAGAAUGUCGCAUGCCGUUUGCGCUUACGAGUGGCCUGCCGCGUCGAAUCAUCCGGUCAAGUUGACCCAGUGGAUACUUGAAGAUGCUAUCGGCCGCGGCGUCAAGUUGUGGACUCAUUGCCCCGCCGUCGAUAUUCAAAGACAUGAAGGCCAAGCUUCUGGGCUGAAGAGAUGGGACGUGCAUACGCCUAGGGGCGUCGUCAGUGCAGACACCAUUGUGCACUGCACCAACGCUUACGCAGCCCAUCUGCUUCCCGGGCUGGUGCAACUGAUCAGGCCGCGGAGAGCUCAGGGCCACUCGUAUGUCCCGCCGGCAUCCCUGGCGGGGGAUAAAGUCCUCCAGAGCACAAUGUCGCUGCGGUAUGGCGCGAAGCAUUACUUCUCCGUCAAUCAACUGACAGAUGGCACCAUGAUAUUUGGCGGCCAGGCGACUCGGGACGACAAGGACAGGGACAUGCCAGAAUACACGCAGAGCCGAUUCACAUUCGACGACGCGACUCACAACCCAUACAUGAUGAAGAACAGCGUGAAGGAGUUCUCUACCCUGGCCAACGGCGGCCUCGAGAAUGAGUGCAACGUUGCCGAAACGAAAUCACCAAUGCGCCCUGGAGAGGGCCUCACGCACGUCUGGACUGGCCUCGUGGCUGAAACGCCGGACCAUCUCCCUUACAUAGGCCCAAUCGAGGGGCUGGAUGGACAGUGGAUUGCUGCUGGAUAUAAUGGACACGGAAUGGCUCGUGUCUUCACAUGUAUACCUGGGCUUGUCAAGCUCAUCAUGGGCAGCACCUGGAGUGAGACGGGACUUCCAGAAUGUUACGCCUUCGGGGCGGAUAGAAUGAGGCGUUUAGCGGAGGUCAAUGUUCAGAGUUGA